CCAGCGCAUCAUCAUGGCCCCUCCCUCACACAUCCUACAAGCGAUUGGCGAGACCUUACAUGGGCACUACUACCUUUACAGCUUUACAGCCCUAUUGGUACUGGGUGUUGUCCGGUAUCUAUACCGGCCUCUAACAUCCCCACUUCGAAAUGUGCCUGGCCCUUUCUUAGCCCGCUUUACUAGACUCUGGGAGAUUCAGGCUAUCUGCAAGCAUGAGACCGCAGCUCUAAAUAUUGCACUCCACGAUAAAUAUGGUCCUGUGGUGCGUCUCGCUCCGAACCGUUACAGUAUCAACGAUGGCGAAGCCGCCAAGGUCAUCUUGGGUCACCACAAGGCUAUGGAAAAGUCUCGGUACUACUACCCGUUUGGACAGCCAGACGAGUACAACAUGUUCUCCGAGCCAUGCUUAGACGCCCAUGCCAAACUCAGACGCCCGUUGGCUCAGCUGUACUCGCUGACAACUCUCCUUUCGUACGAGCCAUUUGUUGACACGUGCAACUCAAUCUUACUCAAGAGAAUUGAAGAGUAUGCCAAGGAGGGCAAGACCUUAAACGUUAGAGAGAUGAUGCAGUUCUACGCUUUCGAUGUUAUCGGUGAGAUGACUUGUGGCUCUCGCUUCGGUCUCAUGGAAGAUGGCGGUGACAAGGUCGGCAUCAUCGCAGCCAUCGACGAGAGCAUGGAAUACAGCGCCAUCAUCGGACUGGUACCAGGGUGGCACUGGUGGGUUGGCAUGAUAACAGACAAGCUGGGAAUACAACCAGGCUUCAGAAAAGUCCUGAACUUCGUGAACUAUCACAUUGACAACAGGGCCUCAGGACGCACCAAAUCACCCGGAGAUCGCAGCGACUUUUUGGACAAGAUGCUACCCAUGGAGCAAGAAGGCAAGUCGACGCGCUUCCACACUCGACAGGCUGGCUCCCAGAAUAUCGCAGCUGGGUCAGACACGACUGCCAUUUCCCUCUCCGCCGUCAUCGCUUACCUCAACAUAUACCCAGACACACUCGCCACUCUUCGUCGCGAGUUGGAUGAAGCCAUCGCGGCCGGUACCCUGUCCGACCCAGCGACAUUCCAAGAAGCCCAAAAGCUGCCAUAUCUUCAAGCCGUGAUUAUGGAAGCGCUCAGGGUGCAUCCAGCCGUCGCAGCACCCAUGACCCGCGUGGUCGGUCCUCAGGGGCUCCAAAUUGCAGGCCAGUUCUUUCCACCGGGCACAGAAGUAGGCGUCAACGCAUGGGUUAUCCACAACAACAAAUCCAUCUUCGGCGCCGACGCUCACGUCUUCCGUCCUGAGCGCUGGCUCACACCCAACAAGGAGGAGCGCGCUGUUCUAGACAGGAACUUCUUGACUUUUGGCAACGGUCCAAGAACUUGCCUUGGCAAGAACAUCAGUCUGCUGGAGAUGAGCAAGGUCAUCCCGCAGAUUGUUAGGAAGUACGAUUUUCAGAUUGUGCCGAAUGAGAAGGGUGAGAGGUACACGUGGAGGACGAGGUGGUUUGCAAAGCCGAGUUUGUUUGCAAAGGUUAUGAGGAGGGUGCAGAAGGCUGAGUGAGUUGACAAGCUUGGAUUCCUUCACUGUUACGUUGCCGCGUGUAGACUGGGCCAAGUCUUUCUGCAUCUCGCAUUUUGUCGCUCGAACAAGUAAGGCUUGCGAACAUCAGCUCUUCAAUGCAGUACACAGCAGCUAGAACAAGGGUUUAUCAUCUACAGAGUCACCA